AUGGAAGCCUCGCGCGGUCUUCAUGUGAAGUUGUGGAAGCUCCCCAUCACCAAGGAUAUCGACCAUGUGAAUCAGAAGGCCGGUCGGGCCGUUCGUGCCCAAGGUCUGACUGGAUACUUCGUCUGGUUUUAUUCGUACUAUGUCGACGAUGCACAGAAGAACGUCCCAGAAGGAUCCAAGCAUGAUUCGAUGGUUCACCGCGAUGGAGGAGCAGCUACUCCGUAUCAGCCAGAGCCGGCGCGCGCGCAUGAACACGCACCUUUCCUGCCGAGUGGACCGCGCAACACGACCAUGGCAGAGGCAGGUGAAGGUCUCCUCGGUGAUCCAGAUCAAGAUGGCGAUACUGACGAUGCUGCUGCUGUCGCUGCCGCUGCCGCUCGCCUUGGGAUUUCAUCCGAUGACAACUACCACAAGAAGGACUGGACCAAGCAGGAGAUCGAGUGGCGUGAAAAGGAGACGAACAUCAUCCGCCUCGCCCUUAACAGCCAGUACCUUGCGACACUACGCUGCUGUCGUGUCGUGUGCAACCAUCUGUAUGAAGAGCAUCUCAAGAUGUACGACUCUGUCGCAGUCGAUCCGAUCAAAUGCUGCAGCAUGUGCAACCCAGCGCUGCUCCAGCUUAUUCUCUGGGAAAAGGAGCCACCAGCCGUGCCAAAAUCGAGGACAGCACCAAGAGCAGGCUCGAAGCAAGCAUUCUUCUUGCCCAAGCUGAAGGACAUUCUCGGCCAAUUCUGUCGCAAGGCAUUCGACUUCGAGGCAAUCCAGCAGGGAUACGACUUCGACAAUCUGUUGGCGGAUCUGCCAUACAAUCUCCUCAUCGAAGACCAGUACGUUUGGGAGCUGGCCGAGUGCAUUCGGUUUGAGGGUCUGGAGCGGCCAGAUAGUGAGCCAGAGUUAACGGCGGAUGAUAUCAAGGAUCUCGCACCGCUGUUUUCUGCAUGGCAUGCUGACGGCGGACCUUGCAAGACUGGUCACACACAGCGCUCUGACAAGUCGGCCCAAGCAGCUACACUGCUGCAGCAAGCUCUGGCCAACUCGAAUUCCAUGGCUGACGAUGCAGAAGAUGAGGAUCGAGGGCGUGCCGCUAAGCGUGGUCGUGGUGGCAGGGGCAGAGGCAGAGGUAGACCACACAAGCGCGGUCGCGGAGGACGCGGUGGAACUGCUGGUGGAACUGCUGGUGGAGAGACUGGUGGAGACGAGGCUGGUAGAGAGACUGGUGGCGCAGGUGGAAGCACUGUGGACAAGCGCCCUGCAAGUGAAGCAGCAUUGACUCCUCUCGGUCGCGAGUCUCAAGUGCCACGAGUUGGCAGUCCUGGAAGCAGCACAAUGGUCGCGCCAGGCAACAUCGCCGGUCCAUCCAGUCGUCCUGCUGCGGCUACCACUCCUGCUCGUGCUGCUCAAUAG